AGAACCAGCGCAUGCGCAUACAGCAGGGCUGGGGCAAGCAGUAUGGCGCAUGCGCACUGAAGAAACACAAAGACGGCACCACUGAGUAGGCCGCGCGAUCUAGCAGACUUUGAAGAAGGCGCAUGCGCAUUGAGGCGCAGACGCUCUGGCCUGAUCUUGUCCUGCCAUGGAGGCCACGGCUGUGGAGGAGGGUGAGGUAACCUCUGGGAUGCAGUCCCUGGCGGUGGAGGAUGCCCCGGAGCUGCUGCCGGCUGCAGUGGAGGACAACAGGCCGGUGCCCGAAGAGGCAGAGGAGCAGGGGCAGGAGGAGGAGGCUGGGUGGUGUGUCCCCUGCAGCGACGAGGAGCUGGAGGGCCCAGAGGCCUGGAUGCCGCCUCCUGAGGAGAUCAGACGCCUCUAUGAGCAGAUCGCUGCCGAGGGCACCCUGCCGCUCCAGGCCGAGAUCCUGCCCCGCAGGGCCCCCACCCCUGAGCCCGACAGUGAGGAGGAGGAGAGAUCCGACGCGCAGCCCGAGAGCGAAGAGGAGGAGGAAGAGAACUCUCUCUGCUCCAGGCCCCACGUCCCGACCGAGUUUGACUUUGACGAUGAGCCUGUGACGCCCAAGAACUCCCUGAUUGAUCGCAGAAGAACACCAGGCAGCUCGCGCAGCCAGAAGCGCGAGGCCCGGCUGGACAAGGUGCUGUCGGACAUGAAGCGGCACAAGAAGCUGGAGGAACAGAUCCUGCGCACGGGCCGCGACCUCUUCCAGCUGGACAGGGAGGAGGCACCAUCCCCACAGCGCCCCUCCGGGAUCUUCCUGCGCCAGCGCAAGUACUGACCACCGGGGGUGGGGCUGGCAGGCAGUGGGGCCCCCGGUCCCCUUCCCAGCAUCCUCUGGGCUGGCGCUUGGAUCCCGCUGCUCCACGGCCGCUCCAGUCCAGAUACCAGCUUGGAGGACUGAGAUGGGGGAGGAAAUACAGUGACGGACCAGUGGGGUCAGCCAGUGGGGCACGGGGCCUUUCCAAUCUGGCUCCAGGGCAGGGGAAUGGGCCCGUGGCUUUCAGGAUCUCAGCACAGCCGCCUCCAUCACACCUGUGGCUCUGCCGCCACUGGGGGCCGGCGAAGCAGGAAAUGCCCCCCUGUGUUGCCCGGAGGGGGCAAAAUCUACAGCCUGGGGGUGGAGGGAAGGGUCUGUCCAGUAUUUCUGCUGCAAUAAAUGUGUUUCUCGCC